UAUAUGCAUUAUAAAUUUAAAAAAUAAAAUAAAAAGAGUUUUGAGUUUACUUUUCCAGGGGAACGGAGGAAAAGAGAACUUCUGUUGUGGCCUACAGGCGAGCAAUGCCAGCAUGGUUUCAGAGUUCAAACUUCACGUAUCCACACAUAUGGGCCGACACCCGAGAAGAUCCAUAAAGAGAUCAGUCUAGGCCCAAAUUCUUUGAAAACUCGUAUUUUGGGCUUGUAUUAUUUACAUCGGCCCAAUUGUUGGCCUCUCUCUUCCCUUCCACUUCUUUCCUGCACCGGAACGAACAGGAAACAGAGAGAGUCUGAAUAAUUCAGAUCCUUCGAAUUCGCUUCCUCAAGUCUCUCUCUUUGCUUCCUCUUUACCCUUAAAAAGUGGUGGCGGUGGUGGUGGUUAAUGGCGGCCAAAAACAAGUACGCCUCUAUUAACUUCAAUCAUGUUUACGAGAAAACCACCACUACCAGUCCUGGCACUAACUCUGGGAAGAUCUCAUCCCCUGCAUCUUCUUCAUCUUCUGCUGCCUCAUAUUCUGCAGUUUCUUCGCCCAACAAGCCUCAUGGCCGUAUGCUGGUUCUAACCCGACCCACACCCAAACCUGUCACCCCCCCAGCACACCCUUCUCAACAUCAACAACCGAAGCUAACUCAACAAGCCCCAGAUCAGCCCCAGUCCCAGCCCGGAUCAGAUACGAAUGAGAUCUCACUUCGCCCAUUGGGUCGCACUGGAACAGGGUCGUCUCUUUCAUCCCCUAUCGUAAAUUGUGAGAAAGACGCGGACAUACCAUCGCCCCUGGUAUCGCCGAAACCUGGAAAGUUCGUGCCGCCGCAUCUUCGGCCAGGAUUUGUGUCGAAGGAGGAAAAGAUUGGUCCCGAUGUGGUUCGGUCUAGGCAGCAAGGGCAUGCUGGAUUGCGCGGUCGGUAUGCGGAAGAUGCGCGGCCCAAGUCGGGUGGAUACGAAAGAAUGAGGGGGGGCGACGCAUUCGAUACGGGGACGAUGAGACGACCAACAUCUAGUGGAAGUCGACCUGGUUCGAGUGGAUGCUUGACCUGAAUGUUAACUUGUCAGAUUCGAUGCUUCACUUUGGCCAUCCGUUGGUUACUCACGGAAUGAGAAAAGCCGAUGACCAUAAUGGUUGCGAAACGGAAUUCUUUCCCGAGGACGAAGAUACACUUGUCAGUUUGCAAGACAGAUGGGUCCUCUGGAAUUAACAUCACAAAAUAGCGGUUCCAGUUCAAUUGAAUGAAGAUGGAAGCUGACCAGCUGUCGACUUUUCAACCACUAACGUCAGAGUUUGUACUGAGAAAGAAGCUGUGUCACGCAAUUGCUUUUCUCACUUUGUGUUUAACCUCGUGCCAAUGCGCUAUAGAAUCCACUUACAUUCUUUUUUAUUACUCUAAUACUAUCUGAACUCGGUUUUGACUAUUUAUCCUGUGGCAGUGUGCCUUUGUAACCCGAACAGACUCAAUCCUUUUAUGGGGAUUCAGGUUUUCCUUUUGCAUGGCACAAUAUGUUAGUCAAUGUAACCCAACCAUUUUCGUUCCUUAUACGGGUGACUGUUAGUGUUCUGUAACUUUAUGGACUAGAAAUGUGCCAUCACAUUAGAGAUUGCUGAAUCUGGUUAGAAGAAUCCAGAACGUACACGGUGUUGCUGCAAUACUCAAUAAAACUGAUACAAGUGGAAGGUCAUUUUCUCUGCAUAAACUUGUCCACUCUUAUAACUA